AUGGCGGACUUCAAGGGGCUGGCACUCCAGUAUGUCUUGGCAGACGAAGCGACCACCAGACAAGAUGUUACUGCCAAAACAGCAGAAGGCAAGUGGUCCAUGAGCACGGCGAUCCUGGAUUGGGUCAAGUCUAUAGACCCAUGGAUGCCUGCCGCGUUGUCGGGCUCAGAGUCCCAAGCUGAUAAUGACGGAGGUCUAGAGCCUGAUGUGAGCGUCAUUGCAAGAUCUAAAGCUUUGGAAUAUUUGGCAGACACAUUGGCGUUGCUCGACAAGAACUUAUUGAGGACGGACCAAGUCAACCUCCUCAUCACGUUCUUCGGGAGACUCUACAGUAUUGACCACAAAGCUGGGAUAAUGGCGGCUACCAAAGCCCUCCAAUAUUUGACCACAAUGAAGGCUUUCAAACCGGAGAUGGCCGACAACAUCAUUCAGAGCAUUGUCUCAAUGCGAGACGACUUUCGCUUGCAGACCCCUCAAACGCGCCUGGAGAUAUACAAGUUCAUCCAAAGCCUACUGGAGAACGAAGCCAUCUCUAGUCAAAUGCAACAUGUCUACGGGAUCUCUGGAGGGUUCGCCAUCGAUCUUCUACAGCUAUGUGGCCAUGAACGGGAUCCGAACUGCCUGAUACAGUGGUUCAAAAUAAUCCAGAGCCUCGUGCAAUUGUUCGAUUUCUCUGCAGAUGUUCAUGACGAGAUCUUCAAGACUUUUUCGGCCUACUUCCCUAUAUCCUUAAGGAGCACGGCAACUCCAAGCGGCGUCACCGUUGAUGACCUAAAGAGCUCCAUUCGAGCAUGCUUUGCCUCUAGUCAUAAACUCGCUCGAUUGAGCUUUCCUUACCUCCUCCAGAAGCUGGAUCAGGGAGAUGCUAUUACUAUUCCUGUCAAGACGGACAUACUGAGAACACUCAAGCAAUGCCUUGAACAGUAUGCCCUCCCUUCCCAGAGUAUAGGGCCAUAUACUGGGCAACUCUGGACGUCUCUAAAAUAUGAGGUUCGAAAUGGCGAAAUCAAAGAAUCAAUUGAUUGCACUCUGGAUGUCAUGCGUGUUAUUUCUCUCAGGUUGGCACAAAUCCCUUUGGCCGAAUCCCAGGAGACAACACGUGAGCUCAGCGCACUAUCGUCAUUUGUGGACAUGGUCCUAAGUGACUCGUUGGAUGACUUGGCAAAUCCGACCUAUACCAAGCCUGCCGGACUCCUCCUCAGGAGCAUCAUGGAGGUGCACGCCAGACCGUUUGCACUGCUUCUCACUGGAGUCGUCGAAGCUGUCAACAAGAACCUGCGAGAGCCUCGUACACUCGAGCAUGCCACGGCGCUGAUAGGCCUCGUCAGGGAUCUUCUGGAUGCCCGCUCGCAAGUCAUCGAUGCUGCCAAGAUACAUUCCUCCACAGACCAAUUACAGAAUGUUUUCAAGCUCGACCCACAAAUUAGGGAGUCAUUCCAUGCAAUAUUCAAUCGAUUUUGGAGGGAGAAUAAUAAAGAAGCACUAGAUGCCGACAACAUUGCGGUCCUCAAAGAGGUAGUGCAAGGGUUUGCAGCUCUGGUCUGUCAAGUCAGUCAAGGAGAGGCUGGGCACCAGACUCUCUUGUGUGACGAGGCGCAGUGUGAGCAAAUCUGCUUUAUGAUUUCCGACCGGGUUAUCAACAUCUUUCAGCUUGCCUCUUCCCCGGACAGCGGAGCCCGCAAAGAGCUGGCAGAUACCAUAGUGGCGUCUCUGCGGAAGAUUGUCCAAGUUUACACUGCAGGAUACGCAUCGAUGCUCCAGAGAGCAUUGUCAACAAUCAAGGAUCGCGUCUGGGGUAGACCUCCAACUAGAAACUCGCUCGCGAUGCUAAAAACAUUGGUCCUAAGACUUUCAUACAUUGGCUGUUCAGAGAUACCAAAGCUGGGUAAUCCGGUCCAACAUUUGUAUCUCUACACAAGCUCUGUCUUGCGACUUCUGUUUUGCUUCUUCGAAAAUUCCGUGCCUUUCGAGGUUUCGACCAUCACGCUGUCCGGCAUUUUCAGUGCUCUUUUGCAUUUCAGAGACACUUGCAGCUCUAAGCCUACUCAUGCAAGGAUGAGCCUGAUCAAUACUGACUGGAGAGUUUGCACAUCGGAUUUUGUCAGAUGCCAUCCUGAAUUCGCUGUUAUCGGACAACCUGCAAGUGCCGGAGAAGCCGCAUCAACAACAGACAAUGACAAGCCAGUUGAGUGCGCAGGCACCGCCAGUGAUACUUUCCGCGGAUACCUCGAAUGCGCCAUCUAUUUAAUAUCGAUCCUCUACCAGAGAGCAACCAAAUUGGACACGGGAGCGCAAAUUCGUCUGGGGCUGGGGCCCGACUUCAACCUACAGACGGCGUCUGCUGCAGAGACGCCUCUAGACUAUGCUGGACCUGGUUCAAGCGCCAGCAUCCGGGGUGUGGAUCUUCAGGACGUUUACCUUCACCAGCUUGGUGAUAUGGCCACAUUUGUCAUUCGUGACCUAGAGGAGGUGGAACAGGAGGCCUUGUCGCUAACCGAUGAGGUGUAUGGAUUAUUCCAGGCGCAUACAGAAACACAUGGCACGUUUCUGAGCGCCGAAAACGAUGGGCGAACCAAUGUGCUAUCUCUUGGGAUUGCACAGGGCUUGCGCCCAAUAUCCAUGGCUUCAAUGUUUGCAUCUGAAUCCCUCACACAGCACAUUGUGGCCGACAUAUCGGCUGCAGACAUUUUCCCUGUGAGGACACAAAAGGUUCGUGACCGUUUUGUGACCUUGUUGGCGAAUAAAUGGCUGCCAAAGGCCACACUUAUUGGGCCGCAGCGGGAUGUAUGGAAGGCAACUGUCGAUGCGCUGCGUGCAAUGCUCGAAAAAACCCUGGCAGAGGCUUCGGCAACGCAAUCCGGCAUCCGAACAGAGCAAUACGCAAGAGCUCUAGGAUUCGCUGCUGGAGCGGUCGCAAGACGUGACAGGGAUGUAGAAGGCUUGGUUAAGAUCCUCGCGUCCAUUCCAGCGGCGCUCGGUGAGCGUGGGCAGCAAAUAGCUCCACGCUUGGAAGGGCUACUGGCUGCCAAAAGCCAACUGAGUGCGCAAAACCACGCGAUCCUGAGUCCUUUGUCUGAGCAGUGGGUUUACAUCUGCGUGGUGAAGCCAAAACUAGAGCAGUCGUUCCCCAUAACGCAGGACAAGUCUCGAGGCAUUGUAAAUGCCAUCGCCGUAGUUCAUGUCAUGAAACACAUGGACUUUACAGUGUACGCGGAGGACACAGAUCGCAUAAUGCGCAUACUCAUUAUUAUCGUGUCAUCGCCCAAGAACUUGGUCGAUGUCGAGGCAGCUCUUCAAAUUCUUAGGGAAAUACUGGCCAACAAGCCCGAUGCUCUAAAGGAUCAACUAAAGGCCGUCAUAACAGGAGCCAUAUCGACAGUGAGCUCUGGCUUGGGUCAGCAUCAUGAACAACAGGCAACGCCGGUUGAUGUGACUGCACGUGUGAUGAAUCCUGGCAGCUCGGCCCUCUGUCGAAGGCUCAGUUUACAACUGCUCCAGGAGCUGGCAGAGAAGCUUGACGAGCAGCUCCUUCGCCAGUACAAGGCUCAGAUUUCUCGUGUCCUAGCGACUGCCUGUGGCGAUCCAGUCCGGGAAGUUCGACAAUCUGCCAUGAGUGCGCGGGGCAGCUGGGCGAAGCUCGCGGCAUGA